GAUCAAUAGCAAUAGAUAAGAAUACCCAAUUACACGUUAGAAUCUUUCGAGCACGUGUAUAUUAAAAUUAUAUUUAUAUAUGUAUUAUAUAUACUGUAAUUAUAUACAAUAACUAAAAUUGUUAAUUGUAUUGUAAAUGUCUCAGUCAAUUGUAAAUACCGGUAAAUUUAAAUGCCCUGAAGAUUUCAAAGAGAUUAAUUUUGAAAUUAAAGACGAAUUAUGCGAAGAAGAUGUCAAAAAUGAAGAUAACGAACUCUGGCUAAUUCAAAUACCUAUUGAGAUGGAUAUUUCAUCAUUAGAGAAUAAAAGAAUCUCUUUGAAUAAGAGAACAGUUUUUAAAGGUGAAAACAGUUUACAAGAUGGAAAAAAUCAUGAGAUAUCAGCCACAGAAAUUAUACCUGAAAAUCUUUUAAAUUAUCAAUUAAUUCUUCCGUCUAAGGAACAUAACAAAUUAAAACCAGUGCCAGUAUCCUUUAAGAAUUAUUUAGAAGUAGUUGAGACUUUGGAUUUGCCAAAUGAAUUGAAUGUUAAAAAUGUUAAUAAAGAUAUAGCCAAUUUUGAAAAUUUAAGACAACGAUUUCUGCCGUUUGGUUCAAAUGAUCCAUUGCCAUUUAUUAGAAAUCAAAAUGUUAAGAAGAUGAAGAAGAAGAAAAAACGCAACCAUUAAAUUCCCCCUUUUUUUACUUUACUUUGGGUUCAGGGAAUCUCCUGAAUCCUUCCAAAAAAGCCAUCGAGAUUUACAAAAAUGAAAACGGGGAGUCAAAUUCGAUACUGUUCCUAUACUUUCCCGUGUUACGUACUGUACAUAACAAGUCGGGAAAGUAAAAAGACCAAACAUUUAUAAUUUGCUGCAAUUGAUAUAACAUCAGUUGCAGCAAUUUAUAAAGGAAUUGUGAAAAAUUACUAUAAUAACGUCUUCUUUUACAAUAAAUA